AUGGACAACAAGGACAAGGAGUACAGGCGCCUUGUGAGAAACUUCGGUGUCUGGUGGAUGGACACGGAGCCCAACCUGCAGUUCCUCCUGCAGGGAGGCGAUCUUCUCAAAGUCCGCUCGCCCAACUGGAAAAAGACUCGCCUCUUCAAACUACAGGAGGACUGUAAGACAAUGUGGCAUGAAUCUAAGAAACCCUUCAAGACAAAGCAGACCUUCUCUCUUGAGGACAUCGCAGCGGUGUGCCCUGGUCGCCAAUCUGACGGCCUACGGAAGAACACAGAGAAGCAGGUUGAACAACGAUGCUUCUCCAUUAUUUUUAAGGGACGUCACAAAAACCUAGACCUCAUCGCCAGCUCACAGGAGGAGGCCAGGUUGUGGGUUCAUAGCCUGGAGAAGAUAAUGGCCAAACUAAAGAACCCCGACACCCAGCAGAAGACAGAGCAUUGGAUCAUCACUCUCCUGAAUAAAGCAGAUAUUAAUAAAGACACUAAGCUGAGCCAGUCCGAAAUAAAGGACUUCCUACGUCUCAUCAACAUGGAAGCAGACGACCAGUAUGCAAAAGUGCUGUUUAAGCAAUGUGAUACGUCUAACUCUGGAUACCUGUACGGAGAAGACAUCAAACACUUCUAUGACCUUCUGACCGACCGGGAGGAGAUCGACGUCAUUUAUAAAACCUACGCCCAAACCUCGGAGUUCAUAAGUCCUGACAACCUGGUGGAGUUCCUGAGGAAAGAACAGAGAGAAAAAGCCGUGCUAGCAGACGCUUACAGGAUAAUCAACACUUACGAGCCGGAUGAAAACGUUAAGACCAAAAGGCUUCUGUCCAAAGAUGGGUUUCUCAUGUACCUGCAAGAUCCAGAGACCGCCGUCUUGAAUCCAGACCACAGGGACGUGUACCAGGACAUGACCAAGCCACUUAAUCACUACUUCAUCUCCUCUUCCCACAAUACCUACCUAAUGGAAGAUCAGCUAAAGGGGCCCAGCAGCCCGGCAGCCUUUAUCAAAGCUCUGCUGAAAGGCUGUCGAUGCGUGGAGCUCGACUGCUGGGACGGAUCAGACAACGAGCCAGUGAUCUACCAUGGGUACACCCUCACCUCUAAAAUACUCUUCAAAGAUGCGAUCCAAGCCAUUAAGGAGUACGCCUUCAAGACAUCCGAUUACCCUGUCAUCAUCUCCCUGGAGAACCACUGCAGUGUGGAGCAGCAGGAAGUAAUUGCCCACCACAUGAGCUGCAUCCUGGGUAGCGCACUCGUUACCGCUCCCCUAGGAGAUGGCAUGCCCACUAAUUUCCCAUCUCCCCAGGAAUUAAAGGGAAGGUUCCUAAUUAAAGGAAAGAGGCUAAAUAAACUGGAAACCACAUUUGCCGCCGCAGAGACUGAUGGAGUCACCGAGGAGGAGGAGUCUGACGAUGAAAAUGAGCAGAAGAAAGAGAAAAGCAAGAAGAAGCUGAAACUAGCAAAAGAACUGUCAGACAUGGUGAUCUACUGCAAGAGUGUGCACUUCAACGGCUUUGAUGAUGCACAGAAGAAUUUGAGCUUCUACGAGAUGUCCUCCUUUAACGAGGGAAAGGCUGUGAAGCUGGCCGAGGAGUCAGCGAACGCCUUCAUCCGUCACAAUGUGGAAAAACUGAGCCGGAUAUAUCCAGCAGGCUCCAGAACCAACUCAUCUAACUACAACCCUGUGCCGCUGUGGAAUUCUGGCUGCCAAAUUGGUACCUAUCAUUUACUUGUAGAGAAUUAUGUAUACCGUAUUCAAUACCGAGUGAAAGAAAUUUCAGAAUGGGAUGGUAAUAUUUGUCCAUGUUUCUCUGAUUUCCACCAGAUUAUAUCAGGCCAACAACUCCCCAAAGUGAAUAAGAAGAAAUCCUCUAUUGUAGACCCACUGGUUAAAGUCCAGUUGUACGGCGUGCCAGCAGAUGAGGCAGAGAAAAAAACCUGUUACAUUGAAAACAAUGGAUUUAAUCCUUUGUGGAAUGAAAACUUUCAAUUUGACGUGCGCGUGCCUGAUCUGGCGCUGGUGCGCUUUCUCGUGGAGGACCAUGACACCAUAUCUGACAAUGAGUUCAUCGGACAGUUCACACUUCCAUUUAACAGCUUACAAAUGGGAUACAGACACGUGCCUCUGCUGGACAAAAACGGUGACCGUUUCCCCUCAGCUACGCUCUUUGUACACAUUAUGAUCCUGGAUUCUAAGUGAGAGACUUGCAGAUCGUCUCGUUGCUCUGCGAGAAACUACGAAGCCUUGUCUUAGCUAUUACUAACGAGGUUUUU